GUGCCCUGCUGCUUCCCCAACUUCGGCGUCGGCCCGCUUCUGGCCUUCAACCCACCCUAAACCUCGGCAACUCCAAGGGUCUGUAAUCGUUGAAAGAUGGCAUCCCUCCGGGGCUCAACAUCGACGAACAUUUCGUCAGAUUUUACAGCAUCACUGUUUCAAGAACCGCCACCGUAGCCGCCAAACACGCAAUCACCCAUCCCGAGUAACCACUACGCCACACCCGUCUAACCUCACCCUCACCCUCAGCCCACGGCACCGUAUCCUCGGGGUACCCCAUUGGACAACAACCCCGCGACAGGCCGACAACCACCAAGCAGAACAGCAAACAUGGCCCAGCAGCAGCAGCAGCAGCCGCAGCCCCUGGCCGGCUACACCAGCUACCAGCACUACCGCAUCACGGCGCCGUCCCCCUUGGUGGCGCACGUGGAGAUCAACCGCCCCGCCAAGCUCAACGCGUUCCACGAGGCCAUGUGGCUGGAGCUGCGCGCGGUGUUCCGGCAGCUGUCGGCGGACGGCGACGUGCGCGCCGUGGUGCUGUCGGGCGCCGGCGACCGCGCCUUCACGGCCGGGCUCGACGUCACGGCCGCGAGCGAGGGCGGCGUGCUCUCGGCCGCGGAGGGCCUGGACGGGGCCAGGACCGCGGCCAGGCUGCGGCGGCAUAUUGCUGAGUUUCAGGAGUGUCUUUCGGCGAUUGAGAAGUGCGAGAAACCGGUGAUCUGCGUCAUGCACGGCAUUGCCAUCGGGCUGGCCAUCGAUAUCUCGUGCUGUGCCGAUAUUCGGGUAUGUGCCAAGGAUGCACGGUUUGCCGUCAAGGAGGUCGACAUCGGGCUGGCGGCCGAUAUUGGCACCCUCGCGCGCUUGCCCAAGGCAGUUGGUAGCCAGUCGUGGGUUAAAGACGUUUGUUUGACGGCGCGCGGCUUUGACGCGGCCGAGGCCCUCGCCGUCGGCUUCGUUAGCCAGGUGCACGAUUCCAAGGCCGCCGCGCUGGCCGCGGCCGUCAAGACGGCCGGGUUCAUCGCCUCCAAGAGCCCUGUGGCGGUGCAGGGGACCAAAGAGUUGCUAAACCACAGCCGAGACCACACAGUCGAGGACAACCUCAGGUACACGGGCGUCUGGAAUGCCGCCGCCCUGCAGACCAACGAUGUGGCGGCCGCGCUGAUGUCAGGGCUGAACAAGAAAAAGCCCACGUUCGAGAAGCUUUGAGCCCUUGGGGUGGCCCAGAAGUGUCUAAUUAUAUGCCGGGGUAACCUUGGCCCCUGUGUUGUAGAGUAUUGAUACACAAUCAUGAACGUCGUUAUUCGUAAAGUCCCAAGAC